UAGAGCUGGUUUUCCAUCAAUAUGACUUCAGCAGUGUGCAUGUCAUAAUUCUGUUGAGGUCUGCACUAGAUAGAAUAAAAGUACUAGCACGAUAAUAGCAAAGGGGUUUGGUCAGACGGCCUUCUGGUACAAAAUUUGCAAUGGGACUAUCAUAAACAGUAAUUAUCCUUUUGUCACAAAGCUGAGUGAAGAUUCUAAUACGUUCCAAAAAUCAGCAAAGUCAGGUAGAUAUGUCCCAUCAGAAAACGUGUUGUGAUAACAUGGCAAUGUUUCUGACAUCCCAGGGUGCUAACUCUAUUUUGAAAAGGUUUCCGCGAGCCAAUGGCUUUCUGGAGGAGUUGCGUCAGGGGAGCUUGGAGCGUGAAUGCCGUGAAGAAAUCUGUAACUAUGAAGAAGUGAAGGAGGUGUUUGAAAACAGCGAAAAAACUAUGAAAUUUUGGAAGGACUACAAAUAUUCUGUUAGCAACUACCAAGGGCAAAGAUCAGAGCGUUCAGAUGCCGUGUAUGUUGUAAUGCCCUUACUUGGGGUGGCUUUGCUCAUUGUUGCGGCAUUGUUUGUAAUUUGGAGAUGCCAGCUACAGAAGGCAACAAGACAUCGCCCCACAUAUUCCCAAAGUUGCUACCUGACCAAUCGGACCGCUCGCAGCUUGCCUCGUGUCCUGGUACACCGAGAAACUUCACAUAACCAGUCGGACUCACAGCCUCACGAGCCUGGAGGAAGAAGUGCCAGUGACCACAAUGACUCUUCCAAUGCGCCACAUUCUAACAGCACACUUUAUGUACAGGAGCACUCUGCCUCUGUUUCUUCAAGACUGUCUAAUGCUGCUCCACCUCCAUCUUAUGAGGAGGUAACAGGCCAUCUGGAGAGCAGUGGGGAUGAGAUAAGCACUCCUUAUGGUGACCCUCCUCCAAAGUAUGAGGAAAUCAUAGGCCUAAACCCCACCUUUGUAAAUCCUCGGCACAAGUGACUCCCUUCUUUCCCUGAUCUUCACCAAGACAGCUUAUGGAUCCAUCAACAUGAUAUUACUAACUGAAAGCCUUAUCUGCUAAGAAAAAAUAUACUACAGAAUUCGUCUGUAAAAUGGCACAGAUUGAAAACCACUCAACAACUUAAAGUCCGAAUUUUUUAAAAAAAUUGUGAAUGUCUACUUCAGAGCAGAGCACACUGGUUCAGUCUGUGAAUUUACUUCUGUCUGUGUUUUAAAACUGACAUACAGUAUUCUUAAAGGUUUACAAGACACACAUCAAUACUUGUCAUUAAUGUGUGCAUAACUCAUCAGUGAUUUUAGCUACUUGAAACUGUAAAAAUUAUGAGCACUAUGUCUUCGGUUUUUAUCUUUGAUUUAUGGGACCAGCACAUCCUGACAUGGAAAUUCAGCACAGGGUUCUUUGCAAUCCCAUCUUUCUCUUCAUUCUUGUAAUGCAUUACUGCAUACUUUUAGCAAAAUUUUAAUGACCAGUUUAUUUGGUUUAUUUUGUGACAAAGCUCUUUGAUCUAUUUUAUGGUAGCUUAUUUCAGUCUUUAAAUAUACUUAUGUUAUGCCAUGUUGGUUCUGUUUUAGCACUUCUUAAGAUCUGAAAUAAUUCCAGCAUGUUAUUUUCAUCCUGCUGCAAUAUAAUAUCAAUUAUUUUAAACUGUUCUUAAUCAUUUUAAUGCCUAACUUAACAUUAUUAAAGAUAAGGUUUACACUUUUUGGAUAGCAAAAUUUUUUUGUUAAUUUGGUAAAAUGUAAUAAUGGUUGCUCUCCUCUACUAUCAAGUGAGUGCUAUUAAUGCACACUCUGCAGUGAUUUUUUUUUUUACAGUAAUAUCUUAACUGUAAUAGUACCUGUAAGGAAAAUACCACAGUCAAAACAGGUUUCAUUGUAUAUAAAAUGUAUUUUUACAUCACAGUAAAAAAUGUCAUUUGUUCCGCAAAGCAGAACUGCAUUCGCUGUUUAAAACUAGAGAUUUGGAAAAAAAAAGAUCAUAAAAUGUUAUUUUUCUGUCUAGCUAUCUGAAAACUUCCUUGAUGUUUUUUAUACAGCAAUCUGGCAGCUCCCGUUUUUUUUUUUUUUUUGUUUUUUUGUUUUUUUUUUUUAAUUCAUGGUAUCAUUGUACCUUGAUCGCUCAUCUGUAACACAACAUAGAUAAAGCAAUGGAAACAACAGGAGAAAAUCAAGAAGUGCAUAAACUGUAUAACUUGUUUCAAAAGGAUACAAGGCAACAGGGUAUAAAUAAAAAAUGUGCAGUAAUGUUUUGCUUAAAUACAUAUGCAGGUGCUGCAAUAUUGUACUUUGAAAUAGUUAUUGAAAGAAAACGAGUCUCUGCAAAAAUCACUCCAUAUAUUUACCCAACUGGAUUGCAUUCUGAUGAGCAGAGAAUAGUUGUCAGAGUUUACUUUUCAUAAUUGAAGAAAGUUUUGCCUUUCAGAAUUUGCCCAAGUGAAAGGUAUAAAAUGUAUACCAGACUAAAUUGCCAUAAGUUAACUAAUGCCACAGCCAUGUGAUAUGUAUGGAUCUGUGAAGUAGAUGUAUAUGGCUGUUUAAUGCAAUAAUCCUAAAAGCACAAAGUAUAAAAACACAAAAUUGGAAUUCCCAAGAGAAAGUGCAUACAUCAUUUAAAAAAAUUCUUUGUUGCAAAAAAAAAAAUGUAAUUAUGAACAGAUUUUCUAAGCUGGUUUUGUUUGGUUUAUCAUGUUUUAACUACUCAUAUUGUAGUCUGCAUGACAUCUGUAAAAAGAAAUUUCAGUAUUCCAAAAGCAGUGUGAGUACUGAAACCAUAUACCCUUCCUACUUUACUAUGCCCACUGUGAGGUCAUAAUAAAACAACACAUUAUAGCAGAAUAAAUUGGUUGUUUUGUAAGAUUA